AUGGGUUCUUCUCAGCAACAUCAUCACAAUGACACAGACUGCGUUUGGGUUCAUGGACCUAUCAUCGUAGGGGCAGGACCUUCGGGUCUAGCAGCAUCAGCUUGCUUAACUCAACAAGGCGUCCCUUCACUUAUCCUUGAGAAAAGCGAUUGCUUGGCUUCUCUAUGGCAACACCGAACUUAUGAUCGUCUCAAACUCCAUCUCCCCAAACAGUUCUGCGAGUUACCUCUCCUCGGAUUCCCUCAAGAUUUCCCAAGGUAUCCGGCCAAGUACCAGUUCGUCUCUUACUUGGAAUCCUACGCUUCACACUUCUCCAUUCAUCCGAGGUUCAACCAAGCCGUGCGAAGUGCCCAUUACGAUCAUGGUUUGGGGUUUUGGAGGGUUCAAACACAAGACUCCGGAUACAUUUCGAGGUGGCUGAUCGUCGCUACUGGUGAAAAUGCCGAGCCUGUAAUACCAGACAUUCCCGGGAUGAACAAGUUCCACGGUUCUGUCGUCCAUACAAGCUCGUACAAGUCUGGUUCCGAGUUCAAAAACCAGAGGGUUUUGGUAAUCGGAUGUGGUAACUCCGGCAUGGAGGUCAGCCUGGACCUUUGUCGAUACAAUGCAAUCCCUCACAUGGCUGUAAGAAACACAGUGCAUGUAUUACCCACGGAAAUGUUUGGUUUCUCAACAUUUGGAAUAGCAAUGGCACUUCUCAAAUGGUUCCCAUUAAAGCUAGUGGACAAGUUCCUGCUGCUGGUAGCUAAUUUCAUCUUAGGCAACACCGACCAAAUUGGUCUCCGACGGCCUAAGACCGGUCCAAUCGAGCUCAAGAACAUCACCGGGAAGACACCGGUGCUCGAUGCCGGUGCCUUGUCACUGAUAAAAACUGGGAAAAUUAAGGUGGUGGAAGGUGUGAAAGAGAUAACAAGGAAUGGGGCCAAGUUUGUGGAUGGACAGGAAAAGGAGAUUGAUUCAAUAAUCUUGGCAACCGGGUACAAAAGCAAUGUGCCUACUUGGCUCAAGGGAUGUGAAUCAUUCAACAAAGAUGGGAUGCCAAAAACGGCGUUUCCUGACGGAUGGAAAGCAGAGGAGGGAUUGUACACAGUUGGGUUCACAAGAAGAGGGCUCCUAGGAACGGCUUCUGACGCCGUUAAAAUUGCUAAAGACAUUGCUCAACAAUGGAGGGUAAUUAACAACGAGGGUUGUAAUUCUCAUGUUAUCCAGCUCAAAGAAACAUGAUUCCAAUAAAAAUAAAGAAAAAAAGGGUGGGAAAUA